GGGGCUGCGGCGCGCGGGGCGGCCGUGGCGCCCUGAGCCGGGGCGUGCGGGCUGGCGCGGGGCGCGCGGCGCCUUUUGUGUGGGGCGCGCUCGGGCGGCGGGUUUGUUUCCACCUCACUCGGUUCCCCAGACGCUUCGCAGAUGUUAGUUCACAGUUUUUCAGCGAUGGACCGCCACGACGGCGCCAGCAACGGCACGGCGCGGCUGCCGCAGCUGGGCUCCGUAGGUCAAUCUCCCUACACCAGCGCCCCGCCGCUGUCCCACACCCCCAAUGCCGACUUCCAGCCCCCUUACUUCCCCCCGCCCUACCAGCCCAUCUACCCGCAGUCGCAAGAUCCUUACUCCCACGUCAACGACCCCUACAGCCUGAACCCCCUGCACGCCCAGCCGCAGCCGCAGCACCCCGGCUGGCCCGGCCAGCGCCAGAGCCAGGAGUCCGGGCUCCUGCACGCGCACCGGGGGCUGCCGCACCAGCUGUCCGGCCUGGACCCGCGCAGGGACUACCGGCGCCACGACGACCUCCUGCACGGCCCGCACGGGCUGGGCUCGGGCCUGGCCGACCUCCCGCUCCACUCCCUCCCGCACGCCAUCGAGGACGUCCCGCAUGUGGAAGACCCGGGUAUUAACAUCCCAGAUCAAACUGUAAUUAAGAAAGGCCCCGUGUCCCUGUCCAAGUCCGGCGGCAGCGCCGUGUCCGCCCUCCCCAUCAACAAGGACAACCUCUUCGGCGGCGUGGUGAACCCCAACGAGGUCUUCUGUUCAGUUCCGGGUCGCCUGUCGCUGCUCAGCUCCACCUCGAAGUACAAGGUCACGGUGGCGGAAGUGCAGCGGCGCCUGUCCCCGCCCGAGUGCCUCAACGCGUCGCUGCUGGGCGGCGUGCUGCGGAGGGCCAAGUCCAAAAAUGGAGGAAGAUCUUUACGAGAAAAGCUGGACAAAAUCGGACUGAACCUGCCUGCCGGGAGGCGCAAAGCGGCCAACGUCACCCUGCUCACGUCCCUGGUGGAAGGAGAAGCCGUGCACCUCGCCAGAGACUUUGGGUACGUGUGCGAGACGGAAUUUCCUGCCAAAGCAGUAGCUGAAUUUCUCAACCGACAACAUUCCGACCCCAAUGAGCAAGUGACGAGGAAAAACAUGCUUCUGGCCACAAAGCAGAUCUGCAAGGAGUUCACGGACCUGCUGGCCCAGGACCGCUCCCCGCUGGGCAACUCGCGGCCCAACCCCAUCCUGGAGCCGGGCAUCCAGAGCUGCCUCACCCACUUCAACCUCAUCUCGCACGGCUUCGGCAGCCCGGCCGUGUGCGCGGCCGUCACGGCCCUGCAGAACUAUCUCACCGAGGCCCUGAAGGCCAUGGACAAACUGUACCUCAGCAACAACCCCAACAGCCACCCCGACGGCGGCGCCAAGGCCGGCGACAAAGAGGAGAAGCACCGGAAGUGAGG